GCCGACCAGUUUUGGUUGCUUAUGGCAUACGAUGAUCGUGGAGGAGAGUGGAAGGAAGAAGGGGAAAGAAGACCUCCGAGCCGUCAUCUUGGAAUCUGGGAGCAGCCAAACACUGGGCGGAUAGACUAAGCUCGUCUUGACUUUUUGUCCGAGUCAUAGAUCUGAGAGAAGAGUGUCUCUGACAAAACCUUCACAUAAGAGCGCAGGGGCAUGUUUGUGAUCGACACAGGCAAUUAGAGAGAGAAAUGGCAACCAGAGGUGCUCUCUCCAUCGAUGGCUUUGCGUUGGUGGUUUCGGUCCUCGUGGCAGUUCCAACAGAUACCAAUCUUCCAGUCAACUCCACUUCAGGAGAGCAAUCAAUCGGUGUCUGCUAUGGGAUGCUUGGAGACAACCUCCCUCCGCCCAGCGAGGUGGUAAGUCUCUACAGAUCAAACAACAUCGGGAGGAUGAGGCUUUACAGUCCAAACCAAGCUGCUCUGCAAGCUGUCAGGAACUCCAACAUCCAGGUCCUCAUGGACGUUCCCAAAGAAGACCUCCAAUCGCUGGCCUCCGAUCCUUCUACGGCAAGUGAUUGGGUCCAGAGCAACGUAGUCGCCAACUGGCCCAGCGUCACCUUCCGAUACAUAGCAGUGGGGAACGAGGUGAUCCCCGGAGAUCUGGCACGCUAUGUCCUUCCUGCCAUGCGCAACAUCCGGAGCGCACUCUCCUCGGCUGGCCUGCAGGACCAGAUCAAAGUCUCGACCGCAGUCAGCACAGGUGUCCUUGGAUCAUCUUAUCCUCCCUCCGCCGGCGCCUUCUCUUCUGCUGCGAAGACGUACAUGAGUCCCAUACUGCAGUUCCUGGCGAGCAAUGCAGCUCCACUCUUCGUCAACGUGUAUCCUUACUUCACCUACGCAGAUAACCCGAACGAGGUCUCACUUUCCUAUGCCUUGUUCACUGCCCCCGGUGUUGUAGUGCAGGACGGGCAGUUCGGCUACCGGAACCUCUUCGAUGCGAUCGUCGACGCAGUCCAUGCAGCUAUAGAGGUGGAAGGGUCGCAUGUGGCGAUCGUCGUGUCUGAGAGCGGCUGGCCGUCGGCAGGUGGAACUGCAGCAUCUGUCAGUAAUGCGAAGACGUACAACCAGAAUUUGAUCAAGCAUGUUGGAGGAGGAACGCCGAGGAGAUCGGGAAGGGCGAUAGAGACUUACUUAUAUGAGAUGUUUGAUGAGAACCAGAAAGCUUCAGGGAUUGAACAGAAGUUUGGCAUGUUUCAUCCCAAUAAGCAACCUGUUUACCCUAUUAGCUUCAGCUAAAUCUAUGCCGAGGUUGAUGAAGGUGUUCCUGUACAUCAACAAAGUAGCAAGGCAGAAUGAAUGGAGAAUUCUGGUUUUGGGGAAAGCUAAACAAUAAAUAUUCAUCAUUGACAACAUUAGAAUUAGGUUCCAAUAAUAUAUUGCUCGUAUUCUCCUUCCCAAAUUUGACUUCCUGUCUCUGGCUUUCAACUAGCACAACCAGCUACACCUAUAAUACAGAAAAAAAAACAUUGGCCACAAGGAGGAGUAGAAACCAGUUUAAGCUUGUGUGAUCGGUAGCUCUCUCUCAUUUUCCCCAGAGUUUUGAACAAGAACAAGGAGAAUAUAAUGAAGCUUGUUUCUGAGAAUUGUUACCACUUUCCAAAUAGCUACAUCCAUGCAGUUGAAGAGAAAGCAGACUGUAUCUCAGUUGUUAUUUUAUCAGACUCAUUAAAUUCUCUAUACAUAAUGAGGGUUUUUCA